AUGUCCAACGAUCGGCAAACAGUCCCCGGCGCGGAGGUGCCGAUGAUCUUCUCCAAUGGCGUCACAACGGCAGUGGAGCACAAGGAGUGGCUCAAGGAGAUGCGUGGGUGGCUGAUCGUGCUGGCCACCCUGGCCGCGUCGGUGACGUACCAGGCGGGGCUGAACCCUCCCGGCGGAUUCUGGCAGGACAGCAACGGGCACUUGGCCGGCAACCCGGUGCUGCACGACGGGCCCUUCGUCAAGCGCUACCUGACUUUCUACUACUUCAAUGCGACGGCGUUCGCGAGUCGCGACGUCGCUGGUCAUCAUCAUCCUUCUCCUCAACGAGCGGUUCUACAUGUCGGAGGCCAAGGUGGCGGCGCUCACCCUCACCACCAUGGUCGACCUCAUGAGCCUCGUCGGCGCCUAUAUCGCCGGGUCCACCCGCAACAUGGCCAACUCCAUCUACAUCAUCGUGCUCACCUGCUUCCUCUUCGUCUGCGUCGUCUACAUCGCCAGGGUGCUGCCGACCCUGUGCUUCAUCGUGCUCUUCAUGUCGCCGUGGAUAUACCGGCUGGCCAAAAAAGGGGUGGCUGCCGGUGA